AUGGGAGGACAGGACAGAAGAUUUGGAAAGCGUAAAACCCAAUCUGCUACCAGACAGAAAAAAUCACAGGGAAAAGAUCUGGUUAAGGAUAGCACCAAAGAAGCCGGUUUGGAGAAGGAUAGAGAGUCAGUCUGUCUCAAUUAUAACGAUUUGGCAGUAUGCUGUCUUCCUUUCAUCAUACCGGCCAAUUAUCACAUCAACGAGAGCAAGUAUUCGAAAGACAUUAAUUUGAAUCUAUUAUACAAGGAAACUUCCAACCCCAGAUCUCUUUCCUAUAAGAGCGCAACUGAAAUCAGUGAACAGCACCUCAUGAACGAUUUGAUUGGAUCGAUGCAAAUGCUGGGGCUUAUUACUGACUCGACCGAGAAAAAGCAGUCGAAAGUACCACUAUCUGGCCUGUACUACUCCGAUUCUGAGGAGCCAGAUCUGGACGACGACGUGGACGUCGAGAACCGUCUUACGCAAACAAAAAUGGAGCACAGUCAUUUAUUCGAUCCUAUGGGAACUGACAUAAUGAAGACACAGAAUACAGUAGACUUAGUUACACACGAAGACCCUUUCAAUCUCCAAUCGAAGAACAUGGGACAGUUAGGUUCAAUGGAGCUGUAUUGA